UGCGGUAACAGAGGUGAAUGGAAGAACAACAAAUGUGAGUGCAUUGGCUCAUUUUUCGGUGAUGAAUGUCAGUUCACUAGCCGAUGUGACAACGCGUGCAUAUGCAACAAACAUUUUGAAGGCGAUUAUUGUGAGAGGAUUAUUUGUUACCAUGGUUAUCCAAACAUGAAGAAUAUGUCCCAGUCGUGCAUAUGUCCCAACCAAGUGGGACCAAAGAUUCAACCGUAUCCAAUAUGUACGGUCAACUAUAAUCCGAGUCAUGCACGGCAGUCUCGGAAGAAGACAAAUCAACAGUAUAAAUACCGUUUCGCAAUUAUGGUUGGUGCCAUCACUUUCCUCGUAGUGAUUGCUGUUUCGAUGUGCGCGUUUCAUAUCUGGCAUCAGCGAAGGAAAAAUCCUGAA